AUGGCUGCCGUCAUGCCGUCUAAACCGCCAGGCGUGCCGACUAAGAUGAAGAAACCGUCUGUACCGCCCCUUGGGCAGACACACGGCAACUCCGCCAAACCAAGCCAACAGCCCUCCUCCUCGCCGUCGAGCGCUGCGAAGCGACUUCCGGGUCAGACACAGAACAGCUCUCCCACAUCAGCGACCCCCACCUCCGCCAAUAAUACUUCGAGACAAAAUCGUCGCCUUCAGCGCAUAACCACCAGAACCGGAGCAUCCGACAGCGCAGGAGCCGAUAGGAAAGCAGCAAAGAAAUUCCCUGAACCAUGGGUUGCCAAAGAGAGUCACAUCCUCAAGAAGUUUGAUGGCCGUCCACCCUCCCUUAUAGUCCACCUUUACCCCACAAACUUCAGAUUUGAGCAGCAAGAUGGCAGCUUCAGCUAUCACUCCGAGAUGCGCAUCUUCAUUGAACAUCUCUGGAAUGGCACAGUUCCGCAUGAUAUGGUAGAGGAAUUUAGAGAUGCUGGUGUUUCGUUCUACGACGGCUGGCUGAUAGUCAAGGUCGUGGACCACACCAACGCAUCCAGCAACUCAGCUGCAGUUUCCGGUGGAGCUGAGGACGAGAAGCCUUUCUCUAUCCACAAUUACAACCCGUACAUCACUCCCUCACCACACGUACCGUACCCACCGAAAGAACAGACUGGUCAGAAGUCGCCACCUACGAAGCAGGAUGCCAGCAAGGACGGACAGAUCAAUGAAAAGCUGAACGGAGCCCCAGAAACACAGUCCACGAAGCCCCAACCCCAAGUCUAUCACAAACUUUUGCGCCCUACACAAAUGUCCAGGCACAUGGACAUGGUGUUGGAUGCGCUUGCGCCGGACCCGAAAUCACUGAAUCGCAAACAAUCCCAGGCCAACGUCAAUGGAAAGGCCGCAGGCUCUGCCGCCCCUCCUACUCCUAUCUCCGGCGUUCCGCCGACACCAAUGACUGAGAAGGGCCCACCGUUAAAGAAGCAGAAGAUGAAGAUUGACAACAAGGACUUGUUAGAAUACGAAGCGCGCGUUAUCAAUGCAACGGCUCCGCCGUUGUACCUUGAGCCUGUCGCAAAUGCGGAAGAAGCAGAUGCAUUGCUUGAAAUGUUGAAAGAUCCAUUCCACGACCAACCUCCACCUUCACCAAAGAGCAGGAAACGAACAUUUGCCGAGCUUGCCGCCGAUGACGCGCACGCCAAGGAGCAAGAACGGUUCAUGCUUAUUCUCGAUGAACGUAAUGCCGGCGCCGCCAACGCUGCCGCUGUUGAUGGCCAAGCCGGGUCAGCCUUAUUCCAACCUCGCUUCGAAAGAUUCAAUACUUUGGAACAACUCAAGCGCGACAUGGCAGAGAAGAAACAGCGGGAGAAAGACCGACAGCUUCAAGAGGACGAGAACCGCCGCGACCUUCAACAGAGACAAGUUGAAGAAGACCGACGCAGAGCCGCGCAACGAGCCAAGGAGCAACAAGCGCUCAGGAUUCGGCAGGAACAGCACGAAGCCCAUCAGCUUGCUCUUCAACAACAAGCAGCCCAGCAAAGCCGGCAACAGGCACAGCAGCAGGCCCAAGCCGCCAGGCAGCAACAGCAACAAGUCAGCAGUCUUCCUCCUCAGGUGCAGUCCCAGAUGAUGGCCAACCAGCAACGGUCCAGCCCGGUCAUCCGGCAAGGCACCCCUCAUGCCGCUUCAUCGCCUGUAAUCAAUAGCGCUGGUCAGGGUGGGCAAACAGGAGCUGGAUCACCCCCACGGCCUGGAUCUGCCCUGCAACAUGGCCAUCCAAUGGCUCGUAAUCAAAGCAAUUCCGGACAAAGCCGCCAUGGUACCCCGCAGAUGCCAAAUGCUACUCCUGGAAUGCGCAACGCAACCCCUGUACUGAGACAAGGAACUCCGGCUCAACACAUGACUCAAGCUAGCCCGCAUGGCAGUAUGAUGGCUCCAACACCCCAGAUGCAACAUGCUGCUGCUAUGGCAGGAGGGCAAGUUCCGAACGGCAUGACACCUCAACAAGAGAUGCAACGCCGCCAAGCCCACAUGCGUAUGCAACAGAUGCAACAGCAGCAGCAAAUGAUGGGUGGCAACAAUCCUCAUAAUAUGGCUCAACAGAUGGCUCAGAGGCAGGCCGCCAUGCAUCAACAGAAUUUGCAACAACAAGCUCAGCAAAUGGGGCAGAGUCCAAAUCAUCAAACACAGCAGAAAUACCAGCAAGGCCUGUCUGAUCAGAUGAAAGCUCAGAUGCAGCAGCUGCAAAAUGCAAAUCAUGGCUCACCGGUGCAAAAUCAAAUGAAUCCCCAACAGCAAGCAGCUAUGGCCCAACAGCAACAACAGAGAAUGAUGCAGCAGGGUCAGAUGAUGGGCAACAUGCAAGGAAAUAUGCAACAGCCCCAGCAACGCAUGAAUCCUGCUGUUGCGCAGUUCUUCCAGCAGACUCUUACAAAUUAUCAGACCCGACUCACAGCUCAGACUGCAUCCCGCUACGGUGGUAAUCCUGCCAGCAUCCCGCCAAACGAGGUUCAGAAGAUCAACCAAAUGGCCCAGCAAUACGCUCAGCAAGAGGUUCGCAAGCGCCAACAGCAGGUGCAGCAGCAACAACAGGCGCUGAGGCAACAGCAGGCGCAGCAGCAAGGGAUGUCAAACGGAAUGAAUAUGAUGAAUCCCAACAUGGCGGCUAUGCAACAGCAACAGCAGGCUCAGCACAUGCAGGGUAUGCAGUUGGCUCAUGCUCAACAGAUGUUGUCGCAACAGCCCAACAUGUACCAGAUGCAGAUGCAACAGCAGCAGCAACGACCUGGGUAG